AUGGCCAAAGAAGAUAGGAAGAGUAGUAAAACUCAGCGUAACGUGUUUCAUGGAAGCGCUUCCUCCCUUGGAACCCAGAAAACGAACUAUUCAUUUCUUCAAGGGAUGAGCACAGGAAGCACUGGCCGUAACACUAGAGGAAACUCUUCCUACCCUACAACCCAGGACAAUUCCUUAUCUCCUAGGGUUGUUCUGUUUGUCAUGCUCUUAGGGCUCGUUUGUCUGAUCUUUUGGCUGGCUAGAAAUUCGUGA